AUGUGCCAGCCCAGAGCUCGCUCCAGUGUGCCCGCCGGCCGCUGGCCUCUCAGCAUUGCUGGACAUGGCGCUGCCCCUGGAGUUCACUGCUCCUAUCCUUACCCCAGUGCCAGCCCCAGAGCUCGCUCCAGUGUGCCCGCCGGCCGCUGGCCUCUCAGCAUUGCUGGACAUGGCGCUGCCCCUGGAGUUCACUGCUCCUAUCCUUACCCCAGUGCCAGCCCCAGAGCUCGCUCCAGUGUCGGCCUCAGCCCCCGAGCUCGCUCCAGUCCCAACUCCUCGAAGGCGCUUUGCUGCGCCUGCUCCUCCAGAGCUGAGCUACAGAAGAUGAGGCAACAGGCUCAGGAGACGAAGCAGUUCAUUGAGAAACAGGAGGCAGAAGAACGCAAGCUGCUGAAGAUCAUAGCAGAGGCUGAUGCUGAGAAGAUCUGGCAGAAAAAAGAGCUUGAUCAGGUGAGAAAUGAGCGUGACCUCCUGGGGAUGCAGUUGAUGAAGAGAAACGAGGCACUGGCAUUACUGUACGAAAAGAUCAAAAUCCAGCAGUCCAUCAUGAACAAGGGUGAUAUUCAGUACAAUGAAAGACUGGAGGAUGUCAGACUCUUGAAGCUAGAGAUCAAGAAGCAAAGACGAGAAAAGAACAUCCUCAACAAGACCGUCUCUAAUGUGGAGGGCCUCAGACAUGAAGUGUUUCAUAUGCAGAGGGAGCUGCUGAAAGAGAGGACAAGAUGUCGAGCUCUAGAGGAUGAGCUUGGCAAUCCCUUGAAUGUCCACCGCUGGAGAAAACUAGAGGCGAGUGAUCCAAGUAGCUUUGAACUGAUUCAGAAGAUUCAUUCUCUUCAGCGGAGGCUGAUAGCUAAGACUCAGGAGGUUGUGGAGAAGGAGCUUCUGUUACAGGAGAAAGAGAGACUUUACCUUGAGCUAAAACACAUCCUUGCUCGGCAGCCUGGUCCAGAAGCAGCGGAAAAACUACAGGUUUAUCAGCGAACACUCCGAGAAAAGACUAAACAACUGAAGGUCUUAACAGCAGAGCUCAACAUGCACGAGUCGCAUUCAGAAGACUACAAGUAUGAGAUCGAACGUUUGGCCCAUGAACUCCAAGAAGUCAAGAAAAAAUACCUUGCACAAAAACAAAAAGACUAGGAGUACAGGGAGAAGGAGCGAAAUCUUGCCCAGGCAGGACAGCCUGUGAUCCUGCCCCAGCGUCCGGACGGCCCUAGAUUCACUGGAGGAGGCUUCAGUUUUAAGCAGCACAACAGGAUGACACUUCAAGUCCUGGAACAGCAGUCCUGAUGGCCGCCAGAACCCUCUGAGGACCCUCUUCACCCAUCAUCUCCUCUUGAUAGACCGUAUUUUCUCAUAUUUUUUCAGCUCUAUUGGUGCUGGCCAAC